AGACAUAAUUAAUCGUCUGAAGAGAAUCCCUCACAAUGAUAUUCUAGGAAAGCUUAGGCUUAGUUUUGAUGGACUGGACAAAGAUGAGAAGGAAAUAUUUCUAGAUAUUGCAUUUCUAGAUAUUACAGGCUUGACUAGAUAUAAUUUUAAAUUUUAUGUGGAACUAGUAACUGAGAGUCGUGGUUUUCAACUGAUAGGAAUAGAUUACCUUAUCGAAAAAUCUCUGUUAUCCAUCGACAUACAUAAUAGUAUUGUGAUGCAUAAUAUGAUAAGAGAAAUGGGUGAAAUGGUCAUACGGGAAGAGUACGGUAACAACAGAAUAUGGCUUCCCAAGGAGGUUCCUGACCUUUUAAAAGGAAAGUUGAUAACAGAAAAGGUGGAAAGCCUAUGUAUCCCAAAAGGUUACAAUUUUGAAGAUGAUCCUGUCAAUUAUAGCAAUAUUUUCAAGAGGAUGCAAAGCUUACAAGUACUCAUAAUUGGUGAUGGAACUUUUAGCUCGGAGUGCGCUAUCACCUAUCUUCCUUCCAGCUUGCUGUUUAUUGAGUGGCAGGGGUAUCCUUCAAUUUCAUUGCCAGAGAGCUUUGAACCAUCAGAGCUCGUUGUGCUUCAUUUAGAAAGAAGUCGGCUUGUCGAACUUUGGCCAAUAUCAAAGAAAUUGAGCAACUUGAAGUAUUUGGAUCUAGGCGAGAGCCUUGGGUUAACAAAAACCCCUAAUUUUGGUGAUAUGCCAAACUUGGAGACACUAAAUUUAAAUGGGUGUGAGAAUUUGGAAGAGGUCCAUCCCUCUCUUGGACAUUGCAGAAUGCUUACUGAUUUGAAUUUGCAUGGUUGUCACAAACUUAAGAAGCUUCCGAAAUUUGUUGCCAUGGAAUCUCUUGAGUUUCUCUCCCUUUAUAAAUGCACAAGUUUAGAAGAAUUUCCAGAAAUCUUUGGAGAUAUGCGGCGUUUAUCAAUUCUAUAGGUAGAAUCCCUCUGGAUAAGAAGCUUACCCCCGUCUCUCAGCGGCCAUAGAUGUUUGCAAUUGAAAGAUUGUGAAGUUCUUGAAAGUGUUCCAGAUACUAUUCGGAAUCUUGAAAAUCUCUCGAUUGAAAGUUGCAAUAAACCUGCAAUGCUUCCAAACAGCCUCUUUGAAUCACAGCAAUUGGUAUGGCUUCAUAUAUGCCGAUGUUCUGAAUUGGUAGAGCUCCCCAUAUCUCUUGGAGUUCAAAAAAAGAUUGCUCGGUUAAUCUUAAAAGAAUGUGAGAACUUAAAGAAGCUUCCAAGCUCUAUUCAGAUGGAAUCCCUUGAAGAACUCAUGAUAUCUAACUGCCGAAAGUUAGAUACAUUUCCAGAAAUCAAUGGAGAUAUGCAUAGCUUAACAAGACUGACCAUAACUUCUAUGGGGAUAAGAGAAUUGCCUUCAUCCAUUAGGAAUCUGAGGGGCCUCAAAUCUCUCGCUCUGAAAGGUUGUAGAGAUCUUGUAAGUCUACCAGACAACCUCUGUAAUUUGAAGAAUCUUACAUAUCUUACCCUCUGGGGCUGCAAAAAGCUAGAGAAGCUUCCAGAAAACAUUGGUGAUCUGCAACAGUUAAAGUUACUUGACGCAAGUGUUACUGCAAUCUCCCAACCACCUCUCUUCAUCACCAAGCUUGGAGAAAUGCGGGGAUUAAGAUUCUCACAUGUUUUACAACAUGUGCAGCAUUCCUCAAGUUUUGUUUUCCCUUAACUAUCAGCUUUAUCCUCCUUUGAGAUCUCUUGAUCUUGCUAAUCUCGAUAUUUUGGGUGGACUUGCCGAGGAUUUAGGAUCUUUGACUUCUUUGGAACGUUUGGAUGUUAGUCGAAGCAAUAUUUCUUGUUUACCAAAAGCAUCAAAGAACUCUUACACCUUGUUGAGCUGCACAUACAUUUCUGUCAGAAUCUUAAUGAACUCCCAGGAGAGCUACCCCAAAUUUAGAGGAGCUAUAUGCAGAUUAUCAUUUGGCCUUGAAGAGCAUCAAAAAUCCAGUAAUUAAGUGUCUUAAGUUGCGUUUGCGCUCAAUAUCAUGGUGUGGUCAUCAAAAACCCAAAUACGGCAUUGUCUCCACUUGCCAAGUUAAUGUGUUGAAGUUGCUACAACAUUUAACUAGGACAUGCAUCCAGUGUGACUUCCACCAAAGGGAUUCUUUUCUCAUUGUUUUCCCCAAAGCCACAAUUCCAGAGUUGUUCAAUUAUCAGUUUAUAAAUCAAGAAACGAUCUCAAUUAAUCUGAACCCGUCUUGGUAUACCGAUAAAUUCAUGGGUUUUUCAAUAUUCUUCAGUCCUGAUAUUGGGUAUUUGAUCUUAGUAGUUACAAUGGUAUACAAAUCUGACCGUGAAAGAAAACGUUCCACGAAGUAUGACUGCCGUGUAUUUUCGUCUCAGUUUUCUUCUGUCGAUAUGUGUUUCUUCUACAUACCAUUUGAAACAUUGUGGCAUGCUUCUGACAAUAAAGAAGGGAAGAACCCAAAUGAUUAUUGUCUUUUUGAGGUAUCUACAAAGUACAACAAGGAACUAUGUUGGGGAAUUAGCCUGGAGUAUGAGAAUGAAGAUACUGCAGUGACGACUGAAAUUGGCUUCUCUAUGGUACUUGAGCAACCAGAGCCAUCACUCGCUUCUAGUUCGCGGGUGUCUGCUGAGCAUGACAUUGCCACAGAUAGGGGACUAUAAUUGGAGUAUGAGAAUAAAGCUCCAGAAUAAAGUAGCAGUGGCAACUCAAAAUGAACAUGAAUCUCAGAAUGUUGAGCUGAUUAGAGUUUGUGAUAGCCCAUCAAGGAAAAUGGGCAAUGCUUUGAGAAAGAGAAAGAGAAAUAGAAACAAAAAGAUAAACAGA